GAGAAACCUCGUUAAAAGAGUCGCAUGACACUCAUUUUGGGUCUGAAAAUUCCCCUGUUUCUGAAUCAUCCGUUUCCGUCUCUUUCAGAUUUAAUUGUUAGAGAAGGAGUUUUUACCAACGCCACAAUUGUGUGGAGAUGGGGAGAUAGGUGAGACUUUAAAUGUCGUCAACUGGGACUAAAUUUGAUCUUGGAAGCUGAUUUUUUGGUGCUCUUUAUGGAGUUCUUGAUUAUUCCGGGCACUUCUUGAACUUUGUUUCAAUCAAAAGCCAUUCUUUUUAUUUUGUUGUCUCUGGGGUUUAGAUUUUGUUAAGGGUUUGGUUAAUCAAAGACAUAAGAUAUCUUACUCUCUCUGCAAUUCUUGUUCUUCAGGAAUUUGUUGUUUAUCAUCAUAUCUAAAUUAAAUUCGUACCGAAAUUUCCCUUUUAGAUUUAAACUCAUUCUUUAAUUCUGGUACUCGAUUCUCAGUUCUUGAGAAUUGUUGUUACUUAAUAAAGAAAGAUUUGAAUUUUAAUGGCCAAUCCAACUCAACCUUCCGUUGGAUACUCUUUUACUGCCACUUCGCCAAACCCAGAUACACCAUCACCUCAAACAGAGAAAACCCCUAUCCCUCGUCCUCCAAUUUCAUCUGCACCCCCCAGAUUUCCUCCACCAAAAUUACAACAUGACCCAAUCGCUUCCCCUUCAAUUAGAACCCCAAAUAUGUUGUCACCUGCAAAUGGGGUCAACAGUGGAAGCCCAAUUCCUCAUUUAAGCACUCCUCCUGGCCCUCCUGUCUUUACUUCACCAGUUAGGCCCGCUGCUGUGCCUUUCCGGACAUCUCCUGCAACUCCGCAGCCUGUCGCUUUCUCUUCAGGUUCAUCUUUGCCCACAUCUUCACCUCCCCAUUUCUCUAAUGGGUCAGCUGAGUUGCAGCACCAAGUUCCAGAUGUUAUUGAGGAGACAUCACCUUAUGGGGAAUCUUCAGUGUGUGUUCUGAUUUCAGCUCGUAAGGUGUUGAAACAGAAGAAACAAGCAAAUGUACCCAGUUUAGGUUUUGGGGCACUGGUUUCUCCUGGAGAGGUUUCUCCAGGUCCUCAAAUAAUACAACGUGAUCCUCAUCGCUCUGAUUGCGGAGCAUAUGCAAACAUAUGCAAGAUAAUACUUGGAUCUGGCCAGUGGCAGUGUGUAGUUUGCCAUAAUCUGAAUGGAAGUGAAGGUGAUAGUGGCUCUAGCAAGGAAGAACUUCGUAAUUUUCCGGAAUUGUCAUCGCUAUGGUUUUAUGUUCAAACUGGACAAUAGGCCAGUUAUGUUCCUGUUUCUGAUUCCAGAAUGUCUGCACCCAUUAUUCUUGUAAUAGAUGAAUGCUUAGAUGAACCUCACCUGCAGCAUCUACAGAGCUCUUUGCACGCAUUUGUUGAAUCAACACCAACGGCAAGAAUUGGCAUUAUAUUGUAUGGUAGGACAGUAUCAGUUUAUGAUUUUUCAGAGAUUCAUAGCAUCUGCUGAGUGCUUCCUGGUGACAAAUCACCAACUCAGGAGUCGUUGAAAGCAUUGCUUUAUGGAGCUGGUGUUUAUCUAUCACCAACUGCUUCAAAACAGGUAGCACAUGACAUAUUCUCAUCACUAAGGCCAUACAAGUUAAACAUCCCAGAAGCUUCAAGAGAUCGUUGCCUGGGUACAGCAGUUGAGGUUGCCCUUUCUAUUACGGGGCCAACAGCAGAAAUGUCUCGGGGGGUAGUUAAAAGGGCAGGAGGUAACAGAAUUAUUGUGUGUGCUGGUGGACCUAAUACAUAUGGCCCUGGAUCAGUUCCUCAUUCUUUUACUCACCCAAAUUAUCCUCAUAUGGAAAAGACAGCAUUGAAAUGGAUGGAGCUCUGGUCGUGGGCUCAUCGACACAAUACAGUGAUUGACAUUCUAUGUGCUGGAACUUGCCUUAGAGUUCCUGUGUUGCCUCUUGCAAAAGCUUCAGGGGGUGUGUUGGUUCUUCAUGAUGACUUUGGAGAAGCCUUUGGUGUACUUGCAAAGGGCAUCCACAAGGGCUGCAGUUCUCAUGGUUUGCUGGAGAUUCGUUGUUCUGAUGAUAUUCUCGUAACUCAAGUUGUGGGUCCUGGUGAAGAGGCUUUAGACACUCAUGAAACCUUUAAAAAUGAUACUGCUCUUUCUAUUCAAAUGCUAAGUGGAGAAACGCAAAGCUUUGCUGUAUCCAUGGAAAAUAAAGGAGACAUCAAGAUGAUCAUGUAUUUCCAGUUUGCUAUUCAAUAUUCAAAUGUUUAUCAAGCUGUUUCAAGAGUUGUUACUGUCAGAUUGCCCACUGUGGAUAAUGUUUCAGCAUAUCUUGAGAGUGUUCAAGAUGAAGUGGUUGCGGUCCUCAUUGAGAGGACCCUCUUGCGAGCCAAAAAUCACUCUGAUGCAAUUGAUAUGCGAACGACAAUUGAUGAAAGAGUUAAAGACGUAGCUCUAAAAUUUGGAUCCCAAGUACCAAAGUCAAAGCUUUAUCGGUUCCAAGAACUUUCUGCUCUAUCAGAGAUCUUAUUUCAUCUAAGAAGGGGCCCACUUUUAGGAAGCAUUAUUGGACAUGAGGAUGAGAGGUCUGUAUUACGAAGUUUGUUUCUGAAUGCAUCUUUUGAGCUGUCACCGAUGGUCGCACCUCGCUGUUUAAUGCACCGGGAAGGAGACUUUGAGGAGGUUCCGGCUCAUGACCUAGCUAUGCAAUCUGACAAGCAGUAGUUCUUGACCAUGGCAGAUGUCUUUAUUUGGUUAGGUGCUGAACUUGCUGCUGGAGGAAGAAGUGCAGCCGCUUUAGCAGCUUGCAGAACAUUGGCUGAAGAUACUGAAUCUAGGUUUCCAGCUCCUCGAAUUGCAUUCAAGGAAGGGAGUUCCCACCGGUAUUUUGUAUCUCGGCUGAUUCCAGCACACAAGGAUCCUCCGAUGAGCAGGUGAGCAAGGUUUCCACAGCUUCGAUCUUUAACGACGGAACAGCGGACAAAGCUGAAAAGCAGUUUUCUUUUUGAUGAUCCUAGCUUCUGUGAGUGGAUGCGAAGUUUGAGACUGGUGCCACCAGAACCAAGCUAA